CCCCCCCUUACGCUGUGAGGAUGUCCUGUCAGCUCUGGCCCUGAGAGGACAGGGGAGGGACAUGGGGGAGAGAAGGGGGAGGAUUGGAUGGAAAAUGAGCAGAGGGGAUGGUCUAAUAUUUCCUGUUGGCCACACUCAGAUCAUCUGGGCCAGCUGCUGUGUCCUUGCUGCUCCUGCAGGUUUCUGACAUCUCUCCAGACAGAAGAACCCCUGGAGCUGUCAGCAGCAUCAUCAUCCUCCACCAUUAGACUCCACUCAGUAAGACCAUGAGUCACAGCCACCACAACAGCUCCUUCAAUGGGACCCCCUGGUUCAUCACCGAAUGCACCAUCCACCUGGAUGAGGACUAUCGACGCAUCACCCUGUUCCUGCUCUACCUGGUCAUAUUCCUGGUUGGCCUGGCAGAGAAUGCCCUGGUGGUCUGGGUCAACUGGCACCGGAGACACUCUGCCAACGGCGUCCUGUUCUGUGUCAUGAACGUUAGCAUGUCCGACCUGCUGGUGGUGCUCAUCCUGCCCUUCUUCAUGCUGGAGGUGAGCUUGAACGAGGUCUGGCUUUGGGGACGCUUCCUCUGCAUCGUCACCAACCUCAUUUAUGUGGUCAACUUCUACAGCAGCUCCAUCUUCCUGGCCUUCAUGACCCUGGAGCGCUACCUGUCCCUGGCCUGGCCCUCCUCCCCGGCCUGCUUCCCCGUGGGGGCGCGCAGGCGCUGGCUGCUGUGCGGAGGCCUGUGGCUCCUGUCCCUCAGCAUGGGCCUGCUGGAGACGGCCCACGUGGACCUGCUGGAGUGGGACGAGCCGGGCUGCUACAUGAUGCCUGAGUACAGCUACAUGGAGUGGUUCAUCUCCGUCUCCUUCCUCGGGCUCAUCUUCCAGUUCCUGGGGCCCACCGUGGUCAUCGUCACCUGCAACCUGUUGAUUGCGCGGGCGGUGCACCGCGCCCCCGACGUGCAGGGCCGCCGCGAGGUGUGGCUGGUGCACGUGUACUCGCUGGUGUUUGUCGUGUGCUGGCUGCCAUACCACGUGGUCACCUUCCUGAUGAUGCUCGACGACAUGGAGCCGCUGCUGCUGAGCUGCAACGCCGUGGAGGUGCUCUACUUCUCCUUCAGCGUAGUGCAGUGCCUGUCGCUCUUCCACUGCGUGGCCAACCCCAUCCUCUACAACUUCCUGAGCAAGAGCUUCCGCACCAACCUCAUCAACCACGUGGUGCAGUACAUGCCCAGGGAGGACCUCGGCGAGGGGGCAGAGGCCGGCGCCAGAGGGACCGGGGCCGGGAGAGUGCCCAAGCUCAGCAACAUGAGCACCAGUGACUCAAACGUGGUCUCGCUGACAGACAAACAGACACAGGAAGCACAAACACAGCAGUGAGACUCUUCUACAGAGGAGGAGCCAGUUCUCGGGGCUGCUGCUGACUGAAGCAGGGGCUGUGUGUUGGGCUCAGCCAGGCCGUGAACCUUCCAAGACACCUCAGACUCCUGGUAGUCCCUCUUAAUGUCUCUGUUGAUUGCUUUGGUCUGACAGAUAAUGCAUGGACGGACACUCCUCUCAUUAUAACCUCAUUUAACAAAUCGACACUGUAAACAGAGAGGGGAAAGAAAGGGUUUCUGGUCUUUUUUGAACUGCCCCAGGAAUUCGUAGGCCUAGGAGCUUUUACAAGCUCCUGUUGGAUAACUUUAUGGUUGACUCCUACCAGAGAGAGAAGGAAUGUGUGUAAAAUAUAUGUUACAACUAUUUUCCAUAUAGUGUUCUCACUUCAACGUUAUCAUUCUCUUGAGUGUGUGGGUGUGUCUGUGUGUUUGUGCUGCUAACAUUCUGAAAAGUAACAGCAAUAAAUCUCCACCCUGUUAAACAGUCCAACACAUUUUGGACCAUUGCUAUAUCUUGAUAAGUACACAUUAUUUGACUGGCAUUCAAAUGUACAAGGAAGGAUCACUGUCUCACUAGCCCACCAUAGUAUGUCCGGGCUUUUGUCAAGUCCAACCUGUGCUACUAAACGGCUACAUUUGUGUUUUGCCCUGGUGCCAGAUCACAUCCAAGCUCAACAGCAUGGUGGAAGGUCAGCACACUGAGGACAGGGUUAGCUUCAGCCUUUCCAGAAGCUCUAAUUCUGCUGACAGUUUCCUUCCUGUAGCUUUAGGAAAAGAGCAGAUUGACUACACUUAAACAAAGGGAAACAAGCAGGAUGGAUAUG